AUCUUCAUCAUCAGCAGUCGUCCUGCUGGGACUCUUUGCCGUGCGGCUUUGCUUUGCUCCACUCCACUCAGUCUUUACAGCCCUUCUCCUGUCUGUGAGUGUUUAUGUGUUUGAAGCUGCUGUUUCAACACUUUUGAAAAUUUUUUUUUUGAGAAUUUCAGAGUUCUCUCUCGUGGGCAGAGCCAUCUCCACAAUCCUUGGAGUAAUGGGAAGACUAGAUUAUAGUCAUGGAGAAGAGAAGCAGUCCCUGUUUUUACUUCAACAACCACCGCUAAAUCUACUUUGAUGCGGUCGCUGAGCUAACAGGCUAACUGGGAAUGUUUUCACAUUCUAGCCAGGUAGUUAGCAUGCUAGCAGGCUAAUUCGACUAUAUUCAGCUGUAUGAAAGAACCAAACAGCAUAAAUUACACAUUUAUGUGGUGAUACGUUUAAUUGGAGGCUAAUUUAAAAUUCUUUGAAACUCUGUCAUUUUAGUUGUUAUGAUUUAAUUAGAGCCAUGGUUAAAAUGUUCUGGCAACAAGUUUGCGAUACACAGACUAAAGUUUAUCCACGUUUAGUUUGCUGUCGUUUUAGUUUUCGUGUGAUUCCACUUAACUAGAGCGUCGGUCAUUGUGUUUAUAUGCAUGUUCAUAUAAAAGUUAAACUGGGUGCCCACUUCAGGUGCUCAAAUUAAAGUGGCUUAGGCUCCUCUGUUGUACAGGAACGGUGUUGUCAGGUCAUUGAUAUAGUUACUGACGAGGAGACGAAGAGUGGAUGAACAUUAUAAAUCGCCCACAUGCGUUGGAUCAGCUCCCGGACUUGUGAAAGGCCACUGAAGCUGAAGGUGGGAAACGUGAACGCACAGCCAUUGCAGCCCGUGGGAAGAUGGCGGAGCGUUCCCGCAGGCGGUGGUGAAACCAAAACUUGGGAACUACUUGGAUUUAUUGGCCGACACCUUACCUCUGAUCAAAGGACACAUGCAGGCCAAAAAACGGUACUUAAUCCUGUUCUCCGCCGGUGCGUGUCUUAUUAUGCUGUUUUGUUUGGGCGGGAUACAAGUCCCCCUGUCCAGACGCGGAUCCAGCCAGCGUGAUGAACGCAGCCUCACCGGUUACCACUCUUGGGCUCGGUGGCGUCGCUUCCCCGGAUACCUGCAGCGUUUCAGCUCCUGGGAUCAGGCCUGGAGCGAUGAUCACAAUGAACACAUAUCACCCAGACAGAAAAGGGACGCUAACACUGGCGUUUACUCUGGAAGACGCUGCAGAAUGGAGUCCUGUUUUGAUUUCACCCUGUGUGAGAGGAACGGCUUUAAAGUUUAUGUCUAUCCCCAGCAGAAAGGGGAGAAAAUGUCUGAGAGUUACCAGAACAUUUUGCUGUCUAUUGAAAGCUCCAGGUUCUAUACAGCUGACCCAGGACAAGCGUGCUUGUUUGUCCUGAGUCUGGACACAUUGGACCGAGACCAGCUGUCACCACAGUAUGUGCACAGUCUUAGAGCAAAGAUCCCCAGCCUUCCGCUGUGGAAUGGAGGCAAAAACCACAUCAUCUUUAACUUGUACUCUGGCACCUGGCCAGACUACACAGAAGACCUGGGCUUUGACAUUGGCUUUGCCAUGUUAGCCAAGGCCAGCAUCAGCACGGAGAACUUCAGACCCAACUUUGACGUUUCUAUUCCCCUUUUUUCUAAAGACCACCCUAGGACAGGAGGCCAAAGAGGCUAUCUCAAACAUAAUGCCAUCCCACCUUUUCGUAAGUACAUGCUUGUAUUUAAGGGGAAAAGAUACCUAACUGGAAUAGGGUCAGAUACUCGAAACGCAUUGUACCAUGUUCACAACUCCGAGGAUGUGGUUCUCCUCACCACCUGCAAGCAUGGGAAGGACUGGCAGAAGCACAAGGAUGCACGCUGCGACAAAGACAACCUAGAAUAUGACAAGUAUGACUACAGAGAGAUGCUGUACAACUCCACGUUCUGCCUGGUACCUCGAGGACGACGGCUCGGUUCCUUUCGCUUCUUAGAAGCCUUGCAGGCGGCUUGUGUGCCUGUGAUGUUAAGUAACGGCUGGGAGCUUCCUUUCUCGGAGAUCAUCAACUGGAAUACGGCAGCUGUGAUUGGAGAUGAAAGACUGCUGUUACAGAUCCCUUCAACGGUACGCUCCAUUCACCAGGAUAAGAUCCUGUCUCUGAGACAGCAGACUCAGUUCCUGUGGGAGGCCUACUUCAACUCUGUGGAAAAAAUCGUACUGACCACGCUAGAGAUCAUCCAGGACAGGGUUCUACGGCACACCUCCAGGAGCAGCCUCAUGUGGAACAGUCUGCCUGGAGGUCUUUUCACUCUCCCUCACUACUCCACGUACCUGGGAGACUUCCCUUUCUACUACGCUAAGCUGGGUAUCAAGCCUUAUCCGAAGUUCACGGCGAUUAUCCACGUUGUGACACCACUGGUCUCUCAGUCUCAGCCUGUCAUGAAGCUGCUCGUAGCUAUGGCAAAGUCCCAGUACUGUGCUCAGGUAAUAGUUCUGUGGAACUGUGAUAAACCGCUUCCUGCCAAGUACCGGUGGCCUGUCACCUCAGUCCCAGUCGUUGUGAUCGAGGGAGAAAGCAAGGUGAUAAGCAGCCGCUUCCUGCCCUAUGACACCAUCCCCACUGAGGCUGUGCUGAGUCUGGACGAGGACACCGUUCUCUCCACCACAGAGGUGGACUUUGCCUUCACAGUGUGGCAGAGUUUUCCGGACCGCAUUAUUGGUUAUCCUGCUCGCAGCCAUUUCUGGGACAGCAACAAGGAGCGAUGGGGCUACACUUCCAAAUGGACCAAUGACUACUCCAUGGUGUUGACUGGAGCGGCCAUCUAUCACAAAUACUACCACUAUUUAUACACCAGCUACCUGCCGAACAGUCUGAAGAGCAUGGUGGACCAGAUGUCCAACUGCGAGGACAUUCUGAUGAAUUUUCUGGUGUCGUCUGUCACUAAACUACCACCCAUCAAGGUCACCCAGAAGAAACAGUAUAAGGAGACCAUGAUGGGCCAGAGCUCCCGGGCCUCUCGCUGGGCUGACCCGGACCACUUUGCCCAGCGUCAGACUUGCAUGAACAAGUUUGCCAGCUGGUUUGGCACCAUGCCCCUGGUCCAUUCUCAGAUGAGGUUGGACCCAGUACUGUUCAAAGACCAGGUGUCCAUACUGCGCAAGAAGUACCGGGACAUUGAGAGACUAUAACGCUCCAGUGCCCCUCCUGCUCACAGGACUACAGGAAAUAGAAGAGUGGGAGGGGGGGGGGUGCAAAGUCUAUCCGUGACUGCAUGGGUGAGGCAGCGGAGAGGGUAAUGUGAUUGUGUGGACGAGGAGGAGGAGAGGAAAAUACACUUGUUCAGAUGAGAACAAAACAUCCAGUUUUCCCCUCUGUUAUGGCAUUUUUCCAUUUCUCCUCUGCACUCCUUCUCUUGUCUGUUUGGACAGACAGCUGAGGACACAGCACCCACUCUCUGUCCUGUGUCUAACAACAUCUGCGUGGCAAGUAACGGCAUGACUCAAGUGGUCAAAUCCAUGGAGCUCAUUCAGCGUGUCCUCAUGGUGGUAAACCAGUUCAUCUGAACCAGACUGACUGUUCUGAUCUGUACACUAUGCACAGGUUCCUGAGAGUUUUUGCUGACAGAAUCUAUUGAUAAUUAUGUCUAUGAAAAAGGAUAACACUAUUUUGGAUUUUUUAUACAAUUAAUGAUUGGCCAGCACUACUCUCUCUGUAUUGUCUUAAAACCAAUAGCACGGUGGGUAGAACUAGAGGAAUGACGACCAUUGUUGAUCUGAUUUUCACAGUGCCUCCAGUUUAUCUAAUGCUACUUGGGAUACGGGAGUCAGAAGAAGGUGCCGUAAAAGCGCCGUCAUUUUGCUGCUUUCUUAUUUGAAUUAUGUGGUUGAAAAAACGAAAUUUUCCUCAUGUGCCAUUCUUAAACUUUUAGCAAAUUUGUGAGUUUGUUUUUCUCUUCUUUAUUUAUAAGAUAGAUUCAGUACUUGAAAAAGUGUUGACCUAAACAACAAAUAUGGGCUCAACAGAAUCCUGGUCUUGGUUGAGGGCAGGCUGACCUUUUCACCAGUUGAGCUGAUCAAUUCACUGAAAGUAAGAUAAUUGAUCAAUUUUUAGCAGUUCUUUUGUAACUUAGGAUGUUCUCAAGUCUUGACAUUUACAUUUUAAUGACCCAACUUUAUUUGUCCGGCGACCAGCAACAGAAUAGGGGCUGACACGGCAACCACUUAAGAACAAGAUGACACCUAAUGCUGUCAGAUAAAGAGCUAACGUUAUCCCAACUACAACUACAAAAAAUUACAACUGUUUUUUUUUUUUUUUUUCAGAAACAGAAAUAUGCUGUUAUUCAAAGGCAGGGAAAUCUGUUCUGUCGAGGAUAGUCACAGCAAUGUGUCAAAAGAAAACCAGUGUCCAAUCUGAUUUUCUGUAACCUCAAUAGUGACAUUUUCACUGGUUUCUAUACUGUAGCUUGAAAAUCAACGUUGCUUCAGUUGUUUAAGUUUUUGUCUAAGUUGAUUGUUGUAUUUUUUUUGUUCCCUUUACAUAUCGCUGACCAGAUGGUUUAAUUCGAUUAAUGUCAAGGUCGUAUAUGAAGUGUGCACAGACUUCUGAGUCAAGAUCAACCCCACACUCAGAUGAGGACGACGACUCCUCCUCGUCCUCGUCCUGUUACUCCUGUUGCCUCUAAUGGCAGGGUGAAUAACCAGCUCUGCUGAGCUUCAUAGUCGUUCUUCAACCCCAUGUAUGUGCCAUUUGAUUGAUUGUGAUUUCCCUUUGUAAAUAUAUUUUUUUUCAUUUAAAAUGAGGAAUGCUAUGCAUUCCCAUAUUUUUGUUAACUGAUUUAUGCUUUUACUAAAUAAAGUGAGUGACAGGAACUAACAGGGAGUGUAUACGUAUGUGUGGGAGACUGACAAAUCAAAACAGGCUGCACAUCUCCAAGUGGGGAAGAAAACAGCAGCUUGAUUGCAAAUGAACAAUCCUAGUAUUACUAAACAGUGAACAUCAUCGUACAAAGAACCACAUUGGUGCAAUAUGUAGGAAGGUAUUUGUUUGUUUUCCUUUGUUUUUGGAGGGCAGGGGUUACAUAUUGAUGUGCCUUGAGAAGAAAUACAAGUUCUUGUUUUCCUUUUCAUCUGCCUGGUGCAACAAACAGGUUUCUAUUCUUUUAUUGUGGUAGUUGUUUGUGUUAUGGUUUUCUAAUCAGUAGCCAGUGACAUCAAAUGGCUUUCUACCUGAACGUUGAAUCAGAUCAAGACAUUCCUGCCUGUAUUUCUUUCUCUGCAACCUUUCUGACGGACAGGUGUGCUGCCUUGCAUCACUAUACCUAUCUGCUUUAUUAUGGCAGGUAUAGUAAUACAUGGAAUGCACCUCCAGCAGAAUCCUCACACGUUCACUGAAGGAAUCCACAUUGUCUGAACCUAAUCACUGCCUGCUUCUUUAAUUUACUGUGUAACUGCAGUCUCUAGGUGGAUUAAAAGUCAUUGGGUACAGAUUAAGGGUAAAAAUCACUUUUUGUAAAAAAAAAAAAAAAAAA